AUGCACCGAGUGCCAAGCCAAUUAACGCGUCUCCGUCGCGUCUUCACCGCACACCCCACCAUCAUCGCCAAUCUGCCACCGCUCCACCAGCUUCCCCAGCGACACACAUCAUCACACCGUAGCACAUCUCUUGAUUUUGGUCGACCACGUCAGCCGCCGACACCAACUCGCCUCCUCGAUUUCCCGCCCCCUCGUAACAUGAGCGCCGUCCCCUCUGCAGCCUCACCCCCGACCUCACCGCCCGCGAAGCGCCACAAGCCCUCGACCUCCAUCAGCGAGACCACCACCACAGGCACUACCAUGGCCGCCGCAGCACAGGACAGCAGCAACGGCACCGCCGUGCCCCUUCUGGAGCAGUCCCCGGCGCUUCUGAUCAAGAAACUCUCGGACAAGGCGCGACUGCCCACGCGCGGCAGCGCCUUUGCCGCCGGCUACGACAUGUAUGCCGCGCAGGACACGGUCAUCCCGAGCCGCGGCAAGGCGCUCGUUGAGACGGACAUUGCCAUUGCAGUUCCGGCCGGCACCU